AAGUGGAGGAUCUAUCGUCAGCGCUGAGGCAGUAUGGGACCAUGUGACCAUGGCCGACCGAGAGUUGGCGUUUAAGGCCGGUGAUGUCAUCAAGGUGCUAGACGCGUCCAAUAAGGACUGGUGGUGGGGUCAGAUCGACGAGGAGGAGGGGUGGUUCCCCGCCAGCUUUGUACGGGUCGAACCCCACCCUCCUCAACCCCAAACAAAACAGCUUUUCUAUAUCAACCCCAUAGCAACUCCUCGGUUCCUAAACACUACGUCUAAGGUGCGUUUCCCCAACGUCAUCAAUCAACCAUCCAGCCAUCCAUACUCCACCCAUCACCCACCGCCUCAGUCUGCCAACGCAACGUCUCCCAACAUUACCCAACCAAUCAACCAUCCAGCCAUACGCCAACUUCAAGCCCUUUUGAUAAGUGGAGGAUCUAUCGUCAGCGCUGAGGCAGUAUGGGACCAUGUGACCAUGGCCGACCGAGAGUUGGCGUUUAAGGCCGGUGAUGUCAUCAAGGUGCUGGACGCGUCCAAUAAGGACUGGUGGUGGAUAGGACCCUGCUUUCUAGAACAUCAAGACGGCUUCUGGAUCUACUCUGAGUACUGUAACAACCACCUGGAUGCGUGUAUGGAGCUGUUCAAGCUGAUGAGAGACGGGAGGUACCAGCACUUCUUCGAGGCCUGUCGUCUGCUGCAGCAGAUGAUCGACAUCGCUAUCGACGGCUUCCUCCUCACACCCGUACAGAAGAUCUGCAAAUACCCUCUGCAGCUGGCCGAGCUGCUCAAAUACACCGCACAGGAACACAGUGACUAUCGCUACGUGGCGGCGGCGCUGGCGGUGAUGCGUAACGUCACUCAGCAGAUCAAUGAGAGGAAGAGGAGGCUGGAGAACAUUGACAAGAUUGCCCAAUGGCAGGCCUCCGUCCUGGACUGGGAGGGUGAUGACAUCCUGGACCGGAGCUCAGAGUUGAUCUAUACCGGAGAAAUGUCUUGGAUCUACCAGCCCUAUGGACGCAGUCAGCAACGGGUCUUCUUCCUCUUUGAUCACCAGCUGGUCCUCUGUAAGAAGGAUCUGAUUCGUAGGGACAUCCUGUACUAUAAGGGCCGUAUCGACAUGGACCGCUAUGACGUGCGGGACGCCAUCGACGGUCGRGARGAKGACUURAACGUGAGCGUGAAGAARGCYUUCAAAUUGCACAACAAAGACAGCGAGGAGCUCCACGUCUUCCUGUCCAAGAAACUGGAGGAGAAGAUACGAUGGCUCCGGGCUUUCCACGAGGAGAGGAAGAUGGUGCAGGAGGAUGAGAAAAUCGGGUUUGAGAUCUCGGAGUACCAGAAGCGUCAGGCAGCUCUGACUGUGAGAAAGGUAUCUAAACAGAAAGGUGUGAACAGGUGCGUGCCCCCCUCCUACCCCCCUCCCCAGGACCCCCUACCCCUGGGACAGUAUGACCUAACAGAGAACUUGGCACAAGCAGAGGUUUUUGAAUUCAGUCAAUCCAAACGAGGCCAGUCUCUUUUCUGGCUCAACAAUUUUACUAGAUUAACACCGUUUAAGAAAUAGAGAAACAGACUCUUUCCAAGGACCAUCUAUUUUUUCUGAGAAACACUCAAACUAAAAAGUUUGGAGGAUUACAUCAUCGUCAUCCCGUGAAGAAGAAUUGACGACGAAAAAAGAACCACUGAAGGAAGGACCAGUGGAUUUUCAUUGUGAGUUUAAUUGUGAGUUGUCACCCAGGAGCCUGGAGAACUAUGGAUUCUAACUUCUUCACUUCAUUCUAACUGUUCUUGGUUCCAAUGCUUCUCUCCUCCAGUAGACACCACUGUUCCCUACUGAACUGUACUGUACAGGAAUCCACUACUACAACCCUCAACCCCACCAUCGCCAUCUGAAUGUCCUGGAUUCAUGGAGAUAGCUUUUAUUUUGUUCUUUUCAGGCUCUGGCGUUUUUCCAUAUUUGAAGUAAGCAUAUUUAAUGUUCCUUUACCAGAACUAGUGAGUCCACCUACCUGCAGUACAGUAUGAUUGUGUAGAUGACAGGCGUUGUGUUGAUGUGUGUGUCUGUGAGGACUAUGUUGUUGUGAUUGUGGCCUGAGGUGCACUGUAACAAUGAGGCUGAGGUGGCAUCCUAUUCCCUACAUAGUGGGGAAGGGUACCACUUUGACUGACAGGAGAGCCGUUGGCUGGUUCUGAUGUUUCUCAGAAGUUCUGUUGUCAGCAUCACCUGUCCCAUCAAAGACUGGUCAGACCAUCUCUCUCUCUCUCUGUCUCUCUCUCUUUUCUCUAUCCCCUCUGUCUAUCUUUCUGUCUAUCUUUCUGAA